AUGGCAAUUGGUGCAUGCAUACGAGGAUUUAAGUCGUCAAUGCGGCCCGUGAUUGCUGUUGAUGCUACCCAUUUGAAGUGCAAGUAUAAAGGUGUUUUGUUUGUUGUGACCGCAUUUGAUGGAAAUCAGAACAUAUAUCCUGUUGCAUUUGGGAUUGGAGAUUUGGAGACGGAUGCAGCUUGGGAGUGGUUUUUGAGAAAACGACAUUGUGCAAUUGGUGAUUGCUCGAAUCUCGUUGUCAUAUAA